CCAAUAGCAUACCUUUUAUUCCUGCUUAGCUCUCUUUUCCAACCCAGACAAUCUCAUCGUUCUUCCACCUUAGUGAAAUGCCUAAGACGACCACCGCCACCGGCAACCAAGAUGCACGUCGGAAAAGAAACAAGAAGUUCUUGGCAUUCAUAGUUGUCGGCCUCAUAGCACAGACAGUAAGUACAGUGCUCUUCGUGCUCCUAGUAAUGCGCUUCCGGAAUCCUAAGGUCCGACUAGGCGCCGUCACAGUUGAAACCCUCAACCUAAAUUCGUCAUCCUCUUCGCCCUCCUUUACCAUGAAGCUUAGUGCUCAAGUCACCGUCAAAAACACCAAUUUUGGUAACUUCAAAUUCGACAACAGCACAGCUACAAUUUCCUACGGGGGUACUGAGAUCGGAGAGGGAGCUAUAGUUAAGGCACACGCAAGGUUCCGAUCAACCAAGAAGGUUAAUGUCACGGUGGCAGCGAGUUCAAGCAAGCUGUCGACGAAUUCUCACUUGCACAGUGACAUCGAAGCCGGGAUUUUGCAGCUUAGCAGCCAUGCCAAGUUGAGUGGGAAGAUACACAUGUUCUUCAUUUUGAAGAAGAAAAAGCUUGCUGAAAUGAAUUGCACCAUGGAGCUUAAUACCAAGACAAAAGCUAUCCAGAAUUUGGCAUGCAAGUGAAAGAACUCAAUCGAUUGCUUUUUUUUUUUUUUUUUGGCUGCAAAUUUGUAUUAUUCUUUGUAGCUUGUGUUUGUGAGUAAACCUAUCUUGAUUUCACUUUUUGAGGUUGUUUUAAUUAAUAUUUUGCUUGCAAUAUCUAGAUCUCCUCUAUUAGGUUCUUUGCUUCAAGUUCUGUUUCUCUGUUUUUUGCUCUUGUAGCUAGUUCAUGUUUUUAAUGACUUAUCACAAAGAGUGUAUUUGUUUGUAAUUUUAGG